AUGUCUACUUUCCAAAUCCCAGAUAGCAACGUCGAUGUUACACUUUGUGAAGGUAUCACCAAGAAUGAAUUAUUGGAAUUUCCAGCAUUUAAAUCAUGGCACAAUCGCCUAACCACAUCUCUUGCCCUACAAGACAAAUCCUCUGAUCAUCCUUUCCAUUCCGAUCCCUACAAUCUCCGUUCCAUCAAAAUCCAAUCACUCGACCGCUGGGGUAAACGCAUUGGUUUUAUCAAGAUUAGCAGCAAAAUUACAAAUGAAGCAGGCGAAUCUCUUCCCGGGGACAUCUUCCUCAGAGGUCCAAGUGUAGGCAUGAUGGUUAUUGUCCAACCCGCAGAUAUCAAGAACCCCGAUGAGGAAAGAUGGGUAGUAAUGACCGUUCAACCUCGACCUGCUUCAGGGAGUUUGGCAUUUAUUGAAUUACCGGCUGGUAUGGUUGAUGAUGUGACAUUCAAAGGUGCAGCUGCGAAGGAGAUCGAAGAGGAAUUGGGCUGGACUAUACCAGCAGAUGAAUUGAAGAAUUUGAGUGAGCUGGCUAUUGGGGAUGAGGCGAAUAAAGAGGGAGAGGUGUUGCCGAGAGCAAUGUUCCCUAGUGCGGGGGGCUGUGACGAGUUUGUUCAGAUCUUCUUGCAUGAGAAGAAGAUAUCGAGAGAAGAGUUGAAGAAAACUACGGGUAAGCUUACAGGGUUGAGGGAUGAUGGUGAGAAGAUUACACUGAAAUUAGUCAAGUUGGAGGAUUUGUGGAAGGAGGGUGCGAGGGACAGUAAGGCUUUGACUGCAUGGGCUCUCUAUGACGGUUUAAAGCGAACCGGGAAACUGUGA